UACACCAGCACGAGGCAGUGUCUUCAGUCUUCACCGGUGUCUCGACCACGCUGGAUCCUUUCCGCCAUCGCAUUCCGCGCUCGGUCGCUUCGCUCUGCUUCGUCUCCCUCCAACGUUGGGGAAACUCGAGGACUCCGGUGAUCGAUAAGCCAGGUCCUACCGCGGUGAUCAAGAAUUUUCUCGCGUAGAAAUCUCGUGAAAUGACAUCCAGCCGCACGAGUCGAGCAUCCAGAACUGUGUGAGCGGUCCCACCUCGAAGAAGUAAAUUUCCCAGCCGGCUCUGGGCAGAGCACGAUUCUCGAAGAGCGUCGAUUUAGUCCCAGGAGUAUCAUCUCGAUCCCGUUACCUUGCUCCCAGGAGGUACGCACACCAAGCUCCUGGUUUAUUCAGGUUUGAUCUGAAUGAGCCAUAAAUACCAAUAAUACAAUCGGUCCGAACGUCGUUCUUUGUGGUGUAACCCUUGACUAGACAGGAGGCUGACAAUGUAUGUCCGACAGAUAGAAGUCCUCCCUGGCAAACAGAUGGCCAGACCUGUUAACGGUUCCUCCGCCAUGGAGAGGGAAGAGGACCAGGACGCCGACGGGACGAUCACGAAGUUGAGGGAGGUCCCCCAAUUCAAGGUAGGCAAUUUCGUCUUGACGGUCGACUUCAACGACGGGGACGAGGAAUACCAGGAGAAGGCCAUAAUGGAGCUGAGGGAAACGCCAGAAGUUGUUCAGCAGGCCUUGAAGGACAUUAGGGAGAUGCUUAAAGACGAGGCCGAUCUGAUCCUUCCGGACGACGAUGAAUUUUUCCAGAAGUUCAUGCGACCUUGCAAGUGGUACCCAAAAAGUACCUUCGAACUGAUGAAGAGGUUCUACAAAUUCAGAUUGAGUCAUCCACGUUACUGCGAAAAUUUAGUGCCAAGCAACGAGAAGAAGACGCUCUCCUCGGAAAUACUGAUCCCAUUGCCAGAACGCACCUCGAACGGUUGCAGAGUACUUCUGAUCAACGCUGGAAAAAAAUGGAAUCCGAAGGUCAUCAACAUCGACGAAAUAUUUCGAGCGGUUAUACUGUCGCUGGACGCUGCCAUGGCCGAACCGAAAACACAGAUCUCUGGCGUGCACGUAAUUUUUAAUAUGGAAGGCUUCUCGCUGAGCCACGUCACGCAAUUUACCCCGAGUUUCGCCGCAACGAUGACAGAUUGGGUGCAAAGAUGUUUGCCUUGUCGUCUUAAGGGCAUCCACAUAGUGAAUCAGCCUUUUAUAUUCAACAUGGUCUACGCUAUUUUCAAACCUUUCCUUCUGGAGAAAACGCGUAAAAGGAUUAUAUUCCACGGCUCGGAUAGGAAGUCAUUGAUUUCUUACCUGGGCACGAAACCUCUUCCCGUUGAGUUAGGCGGAGAGCUGGUCGUGCCAAAUGUCCCGAUUGGCGAGGGUAUAUGCGAGUACUUCUGCUGGUUCGAAGAAGAUUUCGAAUCUGCCAACAAAUUUGGAUACAUCAAGAAGGAGACACGAUAAAACAAAUGGCGGCUCGAAGUCAAUCCGAUGAUCGUCGACACCGAAACACGUCGAGGUAACAAUCUAAACGUACACGUUCGUUUCCAAAACAAAGAAAAUCGAAAAUUGUGUCGCUGAUGAAGAGAACCCUCGGCACGAGCAUCAGGAUAAAAAAAAAAAAAGAGAAUUGAAAGCUCUGACUAGUUUUGUGAUUCAUUGUCAAAGAUAGUGAAAUCGAAGUGAAAUCUGAUGAUGUUAUGGUGCUUGCUAUGUCUUCGUAUUUUAUGUUCAGGUUGCAAUGACCAUUUUGUCCGGAAAACAAGGGGAGAAGGAUUUCUUCGUCCCAAUUGGUUACAGUGGAAGUGUACAAACCGAGAGAGUUUAGCGUUUAUAAUCGAAGUAAUUAAGAAGUAAUUUAAGAAGCUAGAUGUAAUUAUUUUUGUUAUCGAUGAAUGAGAUAUUAGUCACCUUACGUGCAAUAAAGGGGUAGUUUUCCAAUGAAUUUGAUACGAAUUGUCUAUUGGAUUCAGUGGAGACGUUCAAUCCUGAAUCUCGAAUUUAAAAACGCGGUGGACGAUUGUGUUAUCGACAAUUUAAACAUAUAACGCAAUUGUUUAAGCCGUGCAAGACUUACAACAAUAUAAAAAUAUGUUAACGUAUGAGUUGUUAGAAUCAUUGAAGAUUCCAAUAAAGAAUAGUUCUAAUCGUGA